CACGGUAACCGGCGCUCGAGCUCUCUUCUUGUUCUGAUACGCGUCGGAAGCAGAAUUCUGUUGUACGGAAUUGACAUCGAAAUAUUCAGAAAGCGUGAAGAUUUCAGAUCGCGAAGUUAAUUUAAUGUAAUUAAGGACUAUUUAACUUGUUAAUCAUAUUAUUACAUAUUGUGUCGUUCAAUCAAGAAAUUAUUAAGGAUUAUAUUAAAGUAAAAUCCCCUCCUCAAGAUAGUUACGUAAUACUGAACGGACAUACUUCGAAGAAAUACUCAGUUACAUCAUAUCUGACUAUCUACACAUCAUUUUUCCAGCAUCCGUGAGGAUAAUUGUUCAAAGACGACCGUGAAACCAUGAGCAUUAUAAAAGGUCGCUUCUCUCGACUAGAUGACCCGUCCUGCUCGUUGAUUAAGUCUUCAGGCCAUCAUAUCGGUUAUUGUCGAACAGAAGAACAAAUUUUAACACUAACCUAUACUUGGGAAAUUGAAAAUUUUUGGAACGUAUAUCAACUAAUGCUUCCUAUUUAUACUAACAUCAUCAACAUGAAAGACAUUCAAUUUCAGCUAAAUUGUGAUAGUGAAAAACAAAAUUUGGAUUUGCAUCUAAUUUCUUCUCAAAAGUACAUGGGUUUAUGUCGCGUAUUUCUAAAGAAUAAUGGACCAAACUUUUAUAAAAUGGUAAACAUGCUAGAUUUAUCAGAUCGAAAUAUUUAUAUAUGCAGUAUACCUAUUAUAUUACUCUUGAAAAAAACAAGAGAAUACAUGCCUAAUGACACUCUUACAAUAUACAUUGAAUGUGAAUGGCAAAAUGAUGUAUCUCAGAAAAUUAUGUUCACGAGAAUAUCGGAAUCCUACGUUAACUUAUCAGAAAAAACGAAAGAGACUGUUCUUGAUAAAGAAUCACUUGUUACUUUCAUAGUAGGUGAUAAACGGCUCUAUGCAAAUAAAAAUUUAAUAUGUGCAAAAAGCACAGUUUUCGAGAUUAUGUUCAGUUCUAAGAUGAAGAAAGGUGAGACAAAUGAGGUAAAAAUAACUGACGUGAAAUACGACAUUCUAAAGUUGUUGUUAUCUUAUAUACAAUUUUGUUUAAUACCUGAUCUUAAUGUAAAAGAUGUACAAAUAUUAUCUGAUCUCUUUAUGGCAGCCGAUAAAUAUAACAUAAAAGAUCUUAAAAUAUUGUGUGAAUUUCACUUAAUAAAGUUAAUUAACGCAGAAAACUAUACAGAAUUAUCCGCGAAAAUAUGCUUAAAAAAUACACAAUAUUUAGAGAAAUAUAUUCAAGAUUUUGCCAAGAUACGAACAAAGUGUAUAUUUGAACCAGAAGUGAUAAAAUUAAUUGAAAAUUCUGCAUCUUCUCUUCCUCUUACGAAAUAUAGUGACAUUCAGGCAGUACAAUUUUGUGAAAUUGGAACUAUAGGUAGUAGUAGUAAUAGUUGUACUAUAAAAGUACCUGAAGUCUCAAAUGAAUCAGUAAGUCCUAAAUCCCCGAAGAGAUCCCCGAUGAAGAAAUCCCCGAACAUAAAAACCUUAGAAUUUUAAUUAUCUAGGACCAUACUAAUGUUGCAUAAAAAUUAUUAGAAACUUGAUAUUAAUUUAAACAUCAAGAUCUUUAUUUUGAAUUUUCCCUUAUUGAUAAAAAAAAGUUCGAAAUUAUCGGCCAUAAAUCAGCAGUAUUCUUAUAAAACUCAACUUCUUUCUCGAUUAAUUGGACAGUAUUAAUCCGAUUUUCUUUUUUCUGUACUAAUACUGAGAAAAAGCAAUUUUUUAAAUUAUAAGUUGCAAAAACAACACAUAUUUUAUUCUGAAUGUAGAUGUAUGUAUCAUAGAUUUUAUAGAUUUGUAUAUUCUGCUUUAAUUAUAUUUUAUCAAUGAGCAUAUAUAAUGCUUUCUGUUUGUAUUUCUUGCGAUAUAUUUAUUCAAAAUCUUGUUAAUUUCAAUAUCUUGUUAAUAAUCAAUAUCUUUAUCUAAUUGUUAAUAAUCAAUAUUUUAUUAUUUUA